GAUGUUAUGCAAGCACGGUACGGCUAGUUGGGAUACGCCACUUCUUUGUGUAUAUUGACGGGCAGCAGGCAUGGCAAAGACGUACCGCUUGACCUACGAAUCUGUUGAAGUCAUGCACGCUCUCUUCGAUCGCUCAGCAGCGAAGCAAGGCUGGCGUAUCUCUUCAAAAGUACUGAGAGAAUACAUUGAGUUCUUCGGCUCGAAAACCGAGCAACUGGACCUGCUGGCUCAGGCCGGUAAGGUCAUAUUCACGAGCUUCACCGAAAAGAUCCCGGAAAGCAAGGGUAAGCUGUUUCGGAACUCCUUCCCUGAGCCUGCUACUGAUACCCUCCGGAGAAGCGCUCAGGCAGCCGCUUGAAACAGCCAUAACC